GUGAUACGCAAAUGUUUAAUCACUUAACUCCUAACUUUAAGUUUAUACUUUAUAAAAUAAAUAAAUUUAAACUUUAAAGUGUUUAUGUAACAACCGGUGACAAUAUGAGGAUUUGUUUAUUGAAAACCAUAACUAAUACAAUCAGAAAACAAUGUUAUUCUACGAGAAAUGUACGAAAAGUAACACAUUGUAUUUUCGAUAUGGACGGACUUCUUUUGGAUACAGAACAAGUAUAUAAGAAAAUAAUCACACAACUAUGCGCUAAAUACGGUCACAAAUACACAGAUGAGCUGAUGAUGAAGGUGUUAGGUGGCACAGAGCAGAGGCUCUCAGAGAUUCUGUGCAAGGAUCUUAAUUUGCCCAUAACGCCUAAGGAGUUCAGAGACCAGUUGUUAGAACUCGGUGAUACUAUGCUUGCUGGGGCGCCUUUAUUAGAUGGUGCCGAAAGACUAAUACGUCACUUGCACAAAACCCAAGUCCCCUUCGCGCUCGCCACAUCUUCGAGCGAGCGUUCAGUCAAAACCAAAAUCGCGUCGCACAAAGAACUGUUCAGCUAUUUCCAUCAUAUGGUUAUGGGAAGCACUGAUAAAGAAGUGAAACAUGGGAAGCCACAUCCUGACGUAUUCCUCGUAGCCGCUGCCAGGUUCCCUGAUAAACCUAAACCAGAAAAGUGUUUAGUAUUCGAGGAUUCUCCGCACGGGGUGACCGCUGGCAUAUCAGCGGGCAUGCAAGUGGUGAUGGUACCGGACCCUCACUUAGACAAGAGACUGACCACUCAUGCCACGAUAGUGCUGCCAACAUUAGCCAAGUUCCAACCGGAAAUGUUCGGACUACCGCCAUUUUAGAGACUUAUGUAAAUAGGAAAAGCAAAUAAGAAUAAUUAUUUAUGUAUAGUGUCAUCCUCUAAUGCCUGAAAGGCAUGACGCCCGCGACUUCGUCCGCGUGGAUUUAGGUUUUCGAAAUUCCGUGAGAGCUCUUU